AUGCGCUUCCUGUAUUGUUUUCUGUUUCUAGUGGCCCUCGCCACAGCGUUGCCACUGGACAAUGCCGCAGAAGACCACUCGGUCAACGCUCUAGUGACCCGCCAGUCAGGCUCAUUGCCCAGGACUUUCCAGUGGUCAUCGAGCGGUGUUCUCGUCAGCCCAAAGAACGAUGGUCGAGGUAUCAAGGCCCUCAAAGAUCCGUCAAUCGUCUACUACAACGGCCGGUACCAUGUCUUUGCUUCCGUCUACACCACAGGCUACAACAUGGUUUACUUCUCCUUCACCGAUUUCGCCCAAGCAAACUCAGCCACAUUCACCUACCUGGACUCGACUCCCAUCGGAAGCGGCUACAGGGCAGCUCCUCAGGUCUUCUAUCACUCCGGCCAGAAGCUGUGGUAUCUGGUCUUCCAGAAUGGGAACGCUGCGUACAGCACAAACUCGGACAUCAGCAACCCCAAGGGCUGGUCGGCGCCCAAGAACUUCUUCACGUCCCAGCCAGCGAUUAUCAGCCGUAACAUCGGUAAAGGCAAUUGGGUGGACAUGUGGGUGAUCUGUGACGCCUCCAACUGCCACCUCUUCUCAUCCGACGACAACGGCCAUCUUUAUCGCAGCUCGACACCCGCUUCGCAAUUCCCCAAUGGGUUCGGCAAUGGCGCCAACACAGUCAUCGCUCUGCAGGACAGCAAUCCAUAUGCCUUGUUCGAGGCAUCAAAUGUCUACACUGUCGGCACCAAUCAAUACCUUCUCAUCGUCGAAGCUAUCGGUAGCGGCGGCCGCUACUUUCGUUCCUGGACCGCAAGCAGCCUGUCUGGAAGCUGGACACCACUAGCAGCCAGCGAAAGCCAGCCGUUCGCAGGUGCCGCGAACGUCAAAUUCAGUGGUACUCCGUGGACGAAGAGCAUUAGUCAUGGAGAAAUGGUGCGCACGAAUGUGGAUCAGACCAUGACGAUUAGUCCGUGCAAGUUGAGGUAUUUCUAUCAGGGCUUAGAUCCUACAAAGGACAAUGGGGACUAUAAUAGCUUGCCGUACCGACUGGGUUUGCUAACACAAACGAACUCGGCUUGUUGA